CACACGAAACAUCUGGAGAUCCUCCGGGGGGCCGAGCCGGGGGCUCAGGAGGGGCUGGGCACAGCCCCGGCCCCGCCGAGGCACAGCCAGGGCCAGACUGAGCCCGGCUGGAGCUGCCGGGCUCGGGUCCCUCUCCCUGCCCUGCCCAGCCGCGGGCUCCGAAUCCCUGUGCGACCCACGGCUCCCAGCGCUUCUCCCUGAGAGUCCUGCAGGGCAGGAGGGCUCUGAGGCAGACAGAGCAGAGAGGAGAGACGCUCCAGCCCCGCCGCUGCCCAGCUCUUGCCCUGACGGGGUUUUGCUCGGAGCUGCCGUGUGAAAGAGAAGCGUGUUAAUGCACCUCCUUCCAAUCUGUGUGAGUGCGUGCAGCUGAGCAGCAGUCCCCUUCUUUUCUUUUAUUUUUCAGCCGUUCCUUUUAUUUUUUAGCCUUUCCUUUCCGCUCCCCCUUUUGCUCUCCUAUUUCUCCCUCUGAAUUAGCUGCCCACCUUUCCCUUGCAAAUCACACCGACAGCACAGGCUGGGUUUUCGGGGUGGUGUUUUCUGCUCAAAAUGGAGAGGUGAGGAGGAGGAGAGAUGCCUGAAUCCUGCAGUCGCAUCCCCGGAGCUCGGGGAGCAUCUCCCGGUCGGACUGAAGAUACGCGGGAAGCAGCAUACUCGGCUUUCCGUACUAGUUAACGGCCUGCGAGCUGCCUCCGCUUGUUUUAGGCUCGUUCGCUUAAUCUCAGCUCCCCUCGGCGCGUGUGUGCUUGUGUGUGUGUGUGUGUGCAGGGGGAGGACUUUAUUGCCAUUGGCUCAGCUUUCGCUGCCCACCCACAUCUCUUCCACAUCACCUUGGUGUCUCCCUAAAUAAAACCAGCCCUCCUUAUCGCACCGAGGAAAUCAAGACCAAGAGUUUGAAUGGAUUUUAUAUAAAUAUUUACCCCGACGAAGCCACUGCUGAGCUCGUGGGAUAAACUCGCAGCAGCUGGUCUCACUCUGCUUCCCUCGCCUGCCUCUGAAAGGGUUUAAAUUACUUUGGAGAGGAGAGGGGAGAGAUCCAGAUUCCAGUUCUGGCUCAGACUGACCCAAAAAGCAGGACCAGGAUUUAAAUGAACUAUGGAUCUGAAGGACAGCAACAGCGAGGACAGCAUGGGCAGCCUGCAGCCUUCCAGCAUCCAGAUUUUUGCCAACACCACCACGCUCCAUGGGAUACGUCAUGUCUUUGUCUACGGGCCGGUCACCAUCCGGCGCCUGCUCUGGACCUUGGCCUUUGUGGGCUCGCUGGGUCUGCUCCUGGUGGAGAGCUCGGACAGGGUGGCUUUUUACUUCUCCUACCAGCAUGUGACCAAAGUGGACGAGGUGGUGGCGAACAGUCUGGUGUUUCCUGCUGUCACCAUCUGUAACCUCAACGAGUUCCGCUUCUCUCAGCUCACCACCAACGACCUGUACCAUGCUGGGGAGCUCCUGGCUCUGCUGGAUGUGAACCUGCAGAUCCCCAACCCUCACCUGGCUGACCCUGCUGUCUUAGCCACCCUCCAAGAAAAGGCCAACUUUAAGCAGUAUAAACCCAAAGUUUUCAGCAUGCAAGAGUUCUUGGCACGGGUUGGCCACGACCUGAAGGAUAUGAUGCUGUACUGCAAGUUCAGGGGCCAGGAGUGCAACCACAAGGACUUCAAAACUCUGCCACUGGAUGGGAGUAACAUGGAGCCCCAAACAGCACAGGUGUGUGGUGUGGCCAUGCAGGGAGGAGGAGAAGCCUUGAAUCCAAUAUUUGGCACCACCCCAAGCUCGGACCAGCCAUCCCAGGGAGGGAUUCACUGUGGGUGUCUCCAACCCAGGCAUUGCCCAGGAGGUGCCACCUGCUCAGGCAUUGCUGGGAGAAGAGGACAGUGGUUCAGGAGUGACUGCAGGAGAAGCAGAACACCCACUGCACUGAAUCCCCCAGGCUCUUGUGAAGAACCAGUUCACAGUCUGUGCUUUGAGGAGAGAUCAUUAUACCCGAGUCUGGAUUUCAGACAGCCUUUGGAUAUCAUCAUUCCCUGUUCCCUGAAAGAGCUGUCAUCUCUAGGUUCAGAAAUAAAUAGAAAAUACAAUGUCAAGAGCAAGGUCUCCUCCACCAACUCCCAGAAGAUCCAACUGUUGCAUGACAGACUCACAUCAUCUCUUGAAAACUUUUCCCAAACACUCUGCAUCAUUUGUUUCUGGCCCACAUGGGCACCAAAGUGCAGACACUGAAAUGCUCCUGAAUGCAUCCCUCUGUUCCUUAUUCCUGAGUUUGUGGUGGGAUCUCUUGUUACUGUAUGUCAGGUUGAUGUGAAGGUGCACUGUGAGGUGCCCUCAGGUGCAGUGUGAGGAGGAGAAACUGCUCUCCCAUGAGGCAUUUCCUCUGUGGCUCUAGGUGGGGAUGUCUGGCUGAUGGCUGCAUGAUUUGGGUGAUGGUUGCAGGCAGCUCUUGUUCAGGACAGCUUAGGCUGUCCCCUCACUCUGUAACACCACAUUCCCAUCUGGGCUGAGCAGGACUGGGGAACUGACAAACAGGUGAAGGUGGCUGAGCCCCCUCUGGAGAGGGGUCAGGGUGGCAUCUGCUCCCAGGCCUGCUCUGACACCAGUGGAAUGUGCUAAAAGGAAGAGAUUUGGGUUCCCUACUUCGGUACAGAAUGGGCUGGGAACACAGAGCAUUUAUCCAGGUGUUUCACAAGUCAUACUGGCACUGAACAAACACUGAUGACAACUGCAAGGAUUUCACUCAAAACUCUCCUGGCAGCAUGGUGCCUCUUCAGCUCCAGGAGUGUGCCCUUCCUGAGUCUUUGGGAAUGUCCCUCCAACUGCCAGAUGCAGAACCUGAGGAGGACAGGCACCAGAGUGAGGGACAAAAAUGAGGAUAUUUGUUAUUAUCCAGUAAUAUUUUAGGAAGCUGUGGAAAUCAGGAGUAUGGUUCAGUUGCCCCAUGAUCAUGGAGUCGUGGAAUGGUCUGGGUUGGAAGGGAUGUGAAAAAUCAUCCAGUGCCACCCCCUGCCAUGGGCAGAGACACCUUCCACAAUCCCAGGCUUCUCCAAACCCCAUCCAACCUGGCCUUGGACACUUCAGGAAUGGGGCAGCCACAGCUGCUCUGGGCACCCUGUGCCAGGACCUGCCAACCCUCACAGGGAAGGAUUCCUUCCCAAUAUUUAAUAAUUCUGCUGCAGAGAGCAGACAUUUCUCAGCCUGUGUCAGUACAUGGUUGGAGGGGUGUAUGUAGCCCCUGGAGCCCAUCUCAACCACCCCAGAAAGAGGGAACUCCUGUGUUCCUUCUGGAGUUACUUCUUAUGGAUCCAGCCAGCCAGGCCAGCCUUCCCACAGAUCCAGGCCAAGGACUGCCUUUGCUAGAAGGUGGAGAUUUCAUAUUCCCACAGAAAGGGAGGCAUCAUCCAAAUGUUCUGUUCCUGGGUUUAGAAGAGAAAGAUUGAAACAAAUCUGCACAGAAAAUGAAUCUGCAUUAAAUCCUGGUUAUUUUAGAACUACAUCAAGCUCAUGACAGAAAACAUAUCCUACCAUGGCUAAUUCUGUCUUUGGAUUAGCUGGGCCAGGGUGGGGAAUUGAGCCAAAAAGAGCCAGAAACUCCUGCUAGCAAGUGCUGGCUCCCAUUUGGGAACCCCACAGCCAGCUGUGCUUGGUGGGAUGCGGGGCUGUCACUCAGGAAUGCCCUGCCCUGAUCCUGGCUCCUUGGCAGAGUUCCCAGGGAAGGAGGUCAGCAGGAGUACAGGGCCCAUUGAGUGGCUUUGGAGGCUGCCCUGCUAAACCCCAUUGGGUUGGGGCUUGAGGCAGCAAAGGAGGGAGGGAGCAGAUGGAGUGGGAAGAUCCCCCAGCACCUCCAAACCCUUCUCAUGUCCCUGUGUCAGGGACAGCACAGGCCAGGCAAGGCUGGGAGUGACCGUUCCCUGGGGAAAGCCAGCGGGGCUGGGGCUGGAGCUUCUCCUCUGCCAGCAGAGAAAUCCCUGAGCUGAUGGAGCUGCCUGCCCUCAGGGGCUGCCAUCCUGCACAGCUUCCCUUGGCAAAGCCCUUGGCUCCACCAGCACAGCUGGCUCAGGGUUUUCCAGCUCAAUUAGCUUUUGUCUGGUUUAUUGAGAUUUGGGGCUAAAGUGCAGACUCUUGUUACUUUUGAAAGUAAGUUUAGGAGGAAAGAUAUUCUGUUUGCCACUGGUACAGCAAAUCCUGUAUGGUUUUGGUUCACUCUGAUGUCAAUAAAAUUUUUCCUUUUUUUAUAA